AUUCUUUGUCUGCCGCGCCAGCCGCGCUCUGCUGGCUCUGCUUUCGACUGGCUUUGUGAAAUCGCGUCAAACUCGCGCUUUUAGGCCAUGUCGGACUUCGUGUUCGUCCUACCUUUGGUGAAGGAUGACUUGAGACGGGCCGAGAAUAUCGGACAGUAUUUCGUGAAAGACGUUCUGACGACUUCAGAAAUCGCCAGCAAAGUUCGAGAGCACCUGUCGAAGAAGAAAUCAGUGGGCGAAUGCGACAUCAUCGAUUCCUUCGAUUUGCUGUACAGUUCUCUCGUAAAAUUCCAUUCUCUGGAUGAAAAAACUGUGGAAGGGGUCUGGGAGCUCGCGCUACGAUGCACGUCCAAGGUGGAGUCCGAGCUCACGCUACUCCUGGACGACUCGGACCAGCCCCCGAGCGUCGACGCGCGGAAGGUCGCUCGGAACCGGCUCAAGAUGGCGUGCUACGCGCUGUGCCAACUUGCCGACCUCGUCGAGAAGGAGGUCUGCAAGCCCAACCUGGAUGUCACUCUGGUGGCCGGAAAGGGCCGGAAGAAGGCGGCUCCCAAGAGCGCCAAGUUCGUGGAGUGGAGCUCGGAGAAGGUGAAGGCCCUCGGUUGCCUGCAGAACCUGUUUGAGCUGCACCUCCAGCGCCUCUGGUCCCCACAGCCCGUCGAGGAGGAGUUUAUCAACCUGGUGGCUGACUGCUGCUUCAAGCUGGUGGAGGACCCCAGCAGUGCCAAGACGGCCGGCGUGAGGGAGGCUGUGACAGCGAUCCUGGGCCUGAACGUCAAGAAGCACAGCUAUGGUCUGGCUUGCGUGGUGAAGAUCAUCCAGCUUCUUCAGACCUGUGAGCACGCGGCAGUGUUCUUUGCUGACGCCAUGCUGAGCUUUGUGAGGAAGUUUGGAGUUACCCACAUCGUCGGAGACACCAUAAGGGAGCUGUGUCGGCUGGACUCCCUGGAGUCUGCCCAGGAGUCUGGAAGCAUCCGCAACAUGGCCACUUUCCUGGUGGAGCUGUCGGAGCGGAUGCCCGACCUCGUGCUCAAGUCUGCCAGCCUCUUGGACAGCCUGCUCGACAUCAAGAGCUGCACCAUCCGCAACAGUGUGCUGACAGUGUUCAGCAAGGCAGUGCUGGCAGUGCUGAGCAGAGACGACCUGGCCCCCGGCGAGAAAGAGCUGCGGGAUUUACUUCUGGACAAGCUCGAGGCCCACCUGGAGGACGAGAAUGCCUUUGUGCGCAGCCACGUGCUGCAGCUGUGGCAGGAGCUGUGCAUCCGGGGCGUGAUCCCUCUGGGCCGGCAGCACGCCCUGGCGGCCACGGUGGCCGGCCGGCUGCUGGACAGGUCCAGCAUGGUGCGCCGGCAUGCCGUCUGCUUCCUGGCCACCAGCCUCGACUGCAACCCCUUCUCCGCCAAGUUAACCCUAGAAAAGUUGGAGACGAACUUGGCGGUCGAGAAGGCAAAGCUGAAAGGCAUGAUGUUGGAGAGUGAAGCAAACGAAGGGAUGGAGGGUCUGGCGCCGGCGGACUCCUCCUGGAUGUUGAUGCUCCCGGACAUUCAAGAGGCACUGAAAGGACACUGCAAUGGGCAUGACGCCUCUACGGAGAUCCAGCAGGAUGAGGCGGAAGAAGACGAGGGCGUCUUGCUUUCAGAGGUUCUCCAAGAGAUCCGGACCCUUCUCAAGAAAGGGUUCUACACCCAGGCAGUUGCUGUGGUGAAGAAAGCCAUCGCCAUGUAUCCAGAGAGCAACCUCUUUUGUGCCUCCGAGAGUUCUCCUGAAGCACCGGAAAGUCAGGCUGACGAAGAACAAGAAAAUGGUGAAAGUGACAAGCCUUGCCUCGUGGAUGUUCUCAGAAAGAUAUAUCAAGGUGGUUCGCGCCCGGACGACCCCUUGGUCGACGGCCCGGAGGCAUUCUGCCGGGACGAAAACCCGAUUCCGGAAAUGGGAGGAGGCGACGCCGUGGCGGAGGCGAAUGGCGCUGUCCUGGACGACCUCAGCAAGCAGAAGAUUGUCGUCCGCUACCUCGAGGACUGCGUGCACUUUGCGAAGCAGAUGAAGACGAUCGUGCCGACGCUGUGCGACCUCCUCCGCUCGCCCACGGUCUCGGACGUGCAGGAGACGAUCGCCUUCUUCGUUUCCGCACACCGCUUCGGGGUCGAGGACGCCUCGGUGGGUCUCCGCGAGAUGCUUCCCCUCAUGUGGUCGGCGGAGGCCGGCGUCAGGGAGGCCGUCGUCAGCUCCUACCGGGAGGUGUACUUCGACGCCAAGUCCGGCGGCAACUCGAGGUCCAAAGUUUCCGACAUUGCAGACAGCCUGUCGCUUCUCGUGAGCACCGCAACGGCAGACGAGCUGCUCUCGCUGAAGAAACUCGUGGUGGAGCUGGUGAAGACGGGGGACGUGUCGCCCCUGGUCCUGCGCAUGCUGUGGGAGAGGUACACCCUGCAGGGCAAGGACACCACACAGGCUCAAAGCCUGGCCGCCGCACAGCUCCUCGCAAUGGCUGCCAGCGCCGACGUUAAAAUUGUCAAGAAGAACCUGGACAUCCUGAUUUCGGUGGGGCUCGGAGAGCGAGCGAAAGCCGACCUCAACCUGUGCAAGCACACCUGCAGCAUCAUGAUGCAGCUGGCCAACGAAAUCAAGUCUGCAAAAGAUCCACCGCCUCGGCUUGAACCGACAAGUGACAUCUUUGUCAAGCUGAAAGAAGUUCUUCUGGAAACUUUCUCGGACACGACCACCGAGGUGUGGAGCCCUGCCAUGGAGAUGGGGACGAACCUGGUCUACAAGCUGUCCUCCCACCCAGACCAGUUUGCCAACGACCUGCUCCAGGGAAUAGCGGCCAAGUGCUUCGGUGCUGCGCCCAACGGAUACGCCCCGAGCUCCGGGACGGAGAGCGGGGAGGCGGCGUCGGACGCAGCGACGGGGGGACAUGAGGAGUCGGUCCGGUGUCCGGACGUGGUCCUGUGCCGUCUGCUGGCCUGCGUGGGGCACGUGGGCCUGCGCCAGCUCAUCUACCUGGACGUGGACGUGUACACCGAGAUGAAGCGCCUCCGCGAGGUGGCCAAGGACGAGAAGGAGAAGAGCAACAAGAGGAACAAGCGCAAGUCCUUCUCGGCCACUGGCUCCGGGAUGGCCCUCAGUCAAGAAAAUGACAGUGCGGACAAUGAGAUUUCUGGGCCUGCCAGCGACGACUCGGAUGCGGAGCGGAUCAUCCACAUCUUGGACCACGUCGUUCUUCAUGAGGACAGCAUCCUGGGCAUGAUGAGCAAGAUUGUGGUGGAAGUGGCCUCCAAGCCCUCCGUGUACGGUUCCCUCCCCGUGCGCAUCAAUGCGUCCCUCUCGUUGGCCAAGCUGAUGCUCAUCAAUGAGGGGUUUUGUGACGAGCACCUCCCGCUGCUGUUCACCAUCCUGGACAAGUCGUCGGAGCCGGUGAUCCGCUCCAACCUGGUGUUUGCCAUGGGAGAUUUGAUUGUCCGCUUCCCCAACCUGCUGGCUGAAUGGACCGGCAAGAUCUAUGCACUGCUGCACGACCCCUCGCAGGAGGUGAGGCUGUGCACGCUGAAGGUGCUCAGCUUCCUCAUCCUCAAUGACCUGGUCAAGGUGAAGAACCAGAUCAGCGAGCUGGCCGUGCUGGUCAUAGACGCCGACCCCCAAGUCGCCCGGGUCUCCAGGGAGUUCUUUGGCGAGCUCGGCAAGAAGGGGAAUGCCUUGUACAACAUACUGCCCGACAUCAUCAGUCACCUGUCAAACCCCAACGGUGGGAUAGACGAAGAAAGUUUUCACUCUGUCAUGAGACUGCUGUUUGCCUGCAUCGACAAGGACCGGCAGCUGGAGGGUUUUGUGGACAAGCUGUGCCUGAGGUUUCUCACAGUGGACCUGGAGAGGCAGUGGUGCGAUGUGGCCUUCUGCCUGAGCCUGAUGCCUUACUCGGAGCGGAGCAUCCGCAAGCUGCACGAGCACCUUGCCUGUUACAAGGACAAGCUGCACCUCGACACCGUGUACAACAGCUUCGUCAGCAUCCUCUCGGGUGCUAAGAAGUUACAGACUCUCAAGGCGGACGUAAAGACACUGCUGCAGGAGCUGGAAGACUCGAUCGAGAAUCUGCGGGACAAGGGCGUCGACGAGGAAGAGCUGGUGAAGAGGACGCAGAAGGGAUCCUCGGGGCAAGGGGGCAAGACGAGGCAAAGGGCAAAGACUUCCUGCGCAACGCCCCGAGGAAAGAAGCCACCUUCCAAAUCCGCAAAAAGCACCUCCAGGUUCACGCGGCGUACCAAGGUGGCCAACUGGUCCGAAGAGAGCGACACGGAACAAGCCAAGGAGAACGUCUUCGAGCCGCCCAGGUCGGUGCGGAAGGCGCUGCCUCGCAGGAAGUGCAAGAUACAGCUUCAGCUCAGCGACAGCGAAAGCGAAGGCGAAAAGGCGUCGUGAAGAAACAUUUGGUUCAUAGCGGGCAUACCGUCCCCUCAUUCCUUGAGCGGAGGGGAAAGGGUUUUACAACCACUGACAUUGUACAACGGGAGGGUAACAUAAAUCACCAAGUUAGCUUUAAUAUCGACCGGAGAAAUCGAGGCCUGCACCUAGGGAUCCCAAAUUUUCACGGAAGACCCAUUUCAAUGGCGAUUUUACCUCGUGGAAUUUCAAGGCGUAGCUCCCUUUCUACGAAAAAUGAGACAAACUUGCCACAGUCUACGGCGGAGGACGACGCCGAUUGCAACGUCAUCUACCGACAGGUGUAACGGGCAGACGACGCACUCGGUGGACGGCAGACGACUUGGUCGUCCGCUCGCCGCGCCCAUAGGGAGAUGGCGCCACAAGCACAAUCACCGCUAACACGGUCAUCUGCGUCGUCGUCCGACGUUGACCGUGGCAAGCUUGUUGGUCUCAGUUUUCGCAGAAAGGGAGCUAUGCCUCGUAAUUUUAUGAGGUAGUAUCCACCACUAAAAUACCCCUUCGAGCAAAGUUUGAGAUUGCUGCGUGCAGGCGUCAGGAGACCUUAUUCAUGACUAGUGCCAUCUCUCGGCGGCCACACAUAUCAGAGGCUCGGCGCCACUUGUGAGGGUUCUCCACCAACCCCGCCGCAGUACGAACCCCACUCUCCCCGCAUAGCGUUCGUCGCUUGUUCUUUUGAUUCUUUGGAGUAUGUUGAUGGUGUCAGCCGCUUGCGGAUAACGUACGAAUAUUAGGCGCAAGUUUGUUACACUAGCAUAGGCACACAAGUGUACGCGAGACACACAUGCAUAAAAUGAAAUGACCGGCGUGUCCCCGCGGUGCAAGUAUGCGGAAUACAAUGUAUUUAAAAACAAAAAACAUUAUUCUACGGAAAGCCGCAACACUUUCCUUUUAGAAUAAUAAUUAUAUCAAUAAAUAAAUUCAGUACUUGCACAUCUAUACUUUUAGGCCUCUUAAGAAAAAUGCAUUAUUAAAUGUCUGCAACGUUUUAAUGUGCUCCUCCUGGUAGCUCGGUCAUCUAGCUCAGCGGGCAUUUCAAUUUCAUGCACACUCGCAAUAGAAUAUGAUCAGUGCUCAUAAAAGUGGGCGCUUGCAGUAUUGGCUACAAAUACAGAAGCUUCUCCCUCAGCACAAAGCCGAUCUGUUGGAAAGCGUGCAAGCGCGACUGUCAAACUCGCCAAGACGUCCAGUUUAGCAGUCAAGAGCCCGCUUUUAUGCUUUCGCCUACAUGUUGAAAAUGUUUCGCAAAAUGUGAGAGUCGCGCCACAAUAAUGAUGCAGCGUAAAGCAAAGUUCACCUUUGCGUUUUAGCAGCUCCGACAGAUGGCGGGCAAAUCUGCCCAAGGUCUAUUGUUGCGGUCGACUUUAGAGCGAGCCUGGCAAUUUAUGACACCCAAACUUAUUGUACGGCAUGAGGCUCUUGUUGAUAACUCAUACAUUUUGACUGGGUAACCAUGAUCAUUAUAGGCACUGCCAUAGCGAGAAUGGCAUCGUGUAUUAUUUCUUUGCUCAUACUCGCGUCAUGUUUUUUUCAGUUCCCAAUCAUAUUUUUUCUAAAGGUACUAUUUAAGUGGUUGUAUUUUUAUCAUUCUGGGGACGGCACACUGUGUGGAAAGAUUGGAAGAAUUUAUUAAAAUAUUUGGACAACA